UCUCUAACUGCAUACCAGGUUCUUCAACAGGGCCUCCAACACCCCGCCUGGUGAAGGGAGCAGGGGAUUUUAACCCAGUCUUCCUGGAAAGGAGGCCCUGGGAUCUCUCAGUGCGCCCUCCGGUGUCUGCAGGGCGACCCGCUGUAGCCAUGGUGAGCGAGUCCUCGGGGCCUGGCCCUGGGGUUCCCUGGCGGAGAAGCGACGAGGCUCUGCGCGUGAACGUGGGCGGUGUGCGGCGGCUGUUGAGCGCGCGCGCCCUGGCGCGCUUCCCGGGCACGCGGUUGGGUCGCCUGCAGGCCGCGGCGUCGGAGGAGCAGGCGCGGCGCCUGUGCGACGACUAUGACGCGGCGGCGCGCGAGUUCUACUUCGACCGGCACCCGGGCUUCUUCCUGGGCCUGCUGCACUUCUACCGCACCGGCCGCCUGCACGUGCUCGACGAGCUGUGCGUCUUCGCCUUCGGCCAGGAGGCCGACUACUGGGGCCUGGGCGAGAGCGCGCUGGCCACGUGCUGCCGCGCGCGCUACCUGGAGCGGCGCGUGGCGCGGCCGCGCGCCUGGGAUGAGGACAGCGACACGCCGAGCAGUGUGGACCCGUGCCCCGACGAGAUCUCGGACGUGCAGCGCGAGCUGGCGCGCUAUGGCGCGGCGCGCUGCGGUCGCCUGCGCCGCCGCCUCUGGCUCACCAUGGAGAACCCCGGCUACUCGCUGCCCAGCAAGCUUUUCAGCUGCGUCUCCAUCGGCGUGGUGCUGGCCUCCAUCGCCGCCAUGUGCAUCCACAGCCUGCCGGAGUAUCAGGCCCGCGAGGCGGCGGCCGCCGUGGCUGCGGUGGCUGCUGGCCGCAACACGGAAGAAGUGCGCGACGACCCGGUGUUGCGACGCCUGGAGUACUUCUGCAUCGCCUGGUUCAGCUUCGAGGUGUCGUCACGCCUUCUUCUGGCGCCCAGCACGCGCAACUUCUUCUGCCACCCGCUCAACCUCAUAGACAUCGUGUCGGUGCUGCCCUUCUAUCUCACGCUGCUGGCUGGCGCAGCGCUCGGUGGCCGGGGCGGCGGGAGCGGCGAGGAGCUCGGCGACCUGAGCAAGGUGGUGCAGGUUUUCCGCCUCAUGCGCAUCUUCCGGGUACUGAAAUUGGCACGCCACUCCACUGGACUGCGCUCCCUGGGCGCCACGCUCAAGCACAGCUACCGCGAGGUGGGCAUCUUACUGCUAUACCUGGCCGUGGGGGUGUCUGUGUUCUCCGGCGUGGCCUACACAGCUGAGGAGGAGAACGUGGGCUUUGACACCAUCCCCGCCUGCUGGUGGUGGGGCACAGUGAGCAUGACCACUGUGGGCUAUGGGGACGUGGUGCCCGUGACAGUGGCUGGCAAGCUGGCAGCCUCGGGCUGCAUCCUCGGUGGUAUCCUGGUGGUGGCGCUCCCUAUCACCAUCAUCUUCAACAAGUUCUCCCACUUCUACCGGCGCCAGAAGGCUCUGGAGGCGGCUGUCCGCAACAGUGGCCACCAAGAGUUUGAGGACUUGCUGAGCAGCGUUGACGGGGUGUCAGAGGCAUCGCUGGAGACAUCCCGAGAGACCUCUCAGGAGGGACGGUCCACAGACCAGGAGAUGCAGGCCCCCCGUGAACCUCCAAACUCUCAGAGUUAUUAAAACCAGGACUCCGCAUCCCCCCUGCACCCCCAAGUCAGCUGAAACAGAGCGGAUU